CUAGAGUCAACAACGAUGAGCGACAAGAAACGAACCUUCGACGGUAAUGGCGAGUCUCCAUUAACAAAGAAACCAAGAAGUGAUUUUACCCCUUCUAAUGGAAGCAACACAUCAGCAGCCUUAUCUGGAGAUGCUCUCAUCGCGCAAAAACGUGCAGAGAUUGCUGCGAAGGUAGCUGCCAUGAAAGGUGGCAUACCAAGUCUUGCAAAGGUUACUCCACCAGUCAAGACCGGUAGCCCUUCCCCAGCGCCAGGCACACCGCUCCAGAACAUCGAUGACCUCUCUCGCAAAGUUGCAGAGGCCAAGCGCCGUGUCGCAGAGGCGCAGACAAAGCUUGCCGUCAAGGACAAUCCAUAUAUGUCAGUGCAUCAAGUGGGCAAGAAGAAUAAGCCAAUCGAACCAGCCCAACAAGGCGCUGGCUUGAAAAUGACCGCUCAUCCCCUUCUCCUCGACACCGCUCCCGUCGCUCCCCAGUCCAAGAAGGACAGAUACAAACCAAUGCAGCCCAAGUUCGCUUCUAUCAAGGCAAACAUCCGAAACGCCCCAACCCCUCCCCCGGCACCGACCCCAGUUCCCAUUGUUGAAGUCAAAGCCAACCCCUACGCCUCCACCUCAAGCGCAGCCAAAGAAAGCGGUUUUGAAGGCGUACCAAAGGAGCGUCACGGUCGCAGUUUCCGCUUCAUCCAGAAAGGCAAGUAUGAACAGCAAGCCGAACAAAUGCGUCAGGAAGCAGCACUUGAGGCUCUUAAGCAACGUAUUGCCGAAGGCGCGCGUAAAGCUGGUUUGGAUUCUGAAUUUGAGACUUUAGAGAAGAAUAUCAAGCGUGAACCUCCUCCGGCAGUGGAGUGGUGGGAUGCAGCUCUGCUGCCCAACAAGAACUAUGAUGACCUUUUCCUUGGGUUUUCGCAUCUCAACAUCCGAACCCAGGACUCGCCGGUCACGCUAUAUGUCCAGCAUCCUAUCCCCAUUGCUCCAAUGGACGAGAACAAAGUCGGCUUGAAACCACUCAUGUUGACCAAAAAGGAACGAAAGAAGAUGCGGAAGCAGCGCCGUCAAGCUGACCGUGAAGAUAAACGCGAUCGUAUCCGUAUGGGUCUCAUCCCUCCUGAUCCACCCAAAGUCCGUCUGUCAAACCUGAUGAAAGUCCUGACAUCCGACGCAGUCCAAGACCCCACUCGCGUUGAAGCCCGCGUCCGCAAAGAAGUCGCCAUGAGAAAACACAACCACGAAAAGAUGAACGCCGAACGUAAACUCACCGACGAACAACGCCGAGAUAAGAAGGAGAAUAAGAAAUCUGAGGAAGAGAAGAAGGGCAUCAUGGGCGCUGUAUUCAAAGUGAAAACGCUCACAGACCCAUCCCACCGCUUCAAAGUCCGCAAAAACGCAGAACAGUUCAACCUAACAGGUGUCUGCAUCUUCAACCCCGCUUUCAGCAUGGUAUAUGUCGAAGGCGCUGCCAGACUCGUACAGAAAUAUAGGCAUUUAAUGAUUGACCGUAUCGCAUGGACCGAAGCUGCGCGUCCGCGCGGUGGGGAGGACGUUGUCAUCGAUAACGGGGGCGAAGAAGAAGAAGCUCAAAGCAACAGCGGUGCCGAUGGCAGUAAUGGUGGUGGUGGUGAUGGUGCAGGCAAACAGCCAGAAGAAAUGGCCUCUCUCGAAAACAACGCAUGUUAUCUCGUAUGGGAGGGUCAACUGCGAGACCGGGCGUUUAAUACGUUCAAGCCUAGGGGAUGUCCUACAGAUGCGAUGGCUAAGGAGGUGUUGGGUCAGAAGUUGGCGGGGUAUUGGGAUCAGGCGAAGAAUUGGAAGCCGGAGGAGGAGGAGCUGUUUUGAGGUUGGAGAGAGUUAUUUUGUUGAUGUCCUGCUUGUACUAACUUACCUGCGACUUUUUUCGAGGUGCAUGAUGACACUAUGGGAGAUAAUAUCAACGAUGAUGAUUUAUAGACUUGAUUUACGUGCGCAUGUGAACGUUUGGGUCUUCUGUUAAAUCCAUCGAAGGUACUGAUCAACACAGUUCUGGUCAUCAUCGGCGCAUCAUAUCAGAUGUUCGCAUGUCUUGAAAUCCCAAAGGCAAGCCAAGACAUCAAGAGCACGAAGAUAAACAUCGUAUAUGACUUGGCCACAUAACUCAAGAGUCCCGCUCUACAACCAUUCCCAAACUUCAAAGUGAUUCAUUCGCUCUCGGUAAUGAAUCCAGGCUCUAUCACCUCCACCUUCGAUGAAAAGCUUCAUGUACUUUAAAUCAACUUUAAAUUGCUGUUAGCAUGUCUUUGACGUAAGCUGCA